AUGUCAACCGUCACCACUACGACUCGACUGACCACGAGACAGACCAGCGCGCUGCUCACCAAGCUGCAAUCGGCCGCAGCCGCAGCAUCAGCAGACAGCAACUCUCGCCGCCUGCUGUCGAACCUCCUCGCCCAGGCCUCCCUCUUUGGCGGGAUGACCAACGGGGACGGGCGAACGAGUCAAUUCCUCGCCUCUCUCGAGGAGCCCGACCUCCACGCCCAGCUCCCGGCUUUUGUGAAACCGCUGCCUGCAAAGAUUGCCCAGGAGGAUGUCACCUACUUGCACGCGAAGGGGGCCCUCACCCUCCCCGCGCUGCCGCUGCAGAAUGCCCUCCUGCAGGCACACGUCGAAUACGUUCAUCCGUACAUGCCGUUGCUUGAGCUGUACGACUUUUUGGCCAUCAUCAACGCCCAGGAUGGGUUGUGCGGCCAGAUCAGUCUGUUCCUCUACCAGGCGGUCAUGUUCGCCGCUACCGCUUUUGUCGACAUGAAGGUCCUCCGCGAGGCCGGCUACCCCACGCGCAAGGCCGCCAGGAAGGCCUUUUUCCAAAAGACGAGGCUGCUCUACGACUUCGACUACGAGUCGGAUCGCCUUGUCCUCGUCCAGGCCCUCCUGUUGAUGACGUACUGGUACGAGACCCCCGACGACCAAAAAGACACAUGGCAUUGGAUGGGUGUGGCCAUCUCCCUGGCCCACACCAUUGGCCUGCACCGCGACCCGGCCGCGACGAGCAUGCCGGUGGGGAAGCAGAAGCUGUGGAAGCGCAUCUGGUGGUCGUGUUUCAUGCGCGACCGCUUGAUUGCCUUGGGCAUGCGUCGGCCCACCCGUAUCAAGGACGAGGACUUUGACGUGCCGAUGCUGCAGGAGUCCGACUUUGAGUUGGAGAUCCUGCCCGAGGAGAAUAAGGUCAUUCCCGCCGAGUGCAUGCUACUCCGCGAUGUCUCGAUGCAGCGGGAGCUGGCCGCCUUGUGCAUCUCCAAGGCCCAGCUCUGCAUCUGCAUCAGCCACAUGCUCAAGGCGCAGUACUCCGUCCUUAUCCGGGACAAAAUGCGCCCCGAGAACACGGUUAACAGCACCAUGAUGCUGUUUCCCAACAAGAAGCUCGACAACGUCGAGAGCGUGACCUCGGUCGACCUCGAGCUCAUGGCCUGGGCGGACACCCUGCCGGCCAUCUGCCAGUACCGCCCCUUGACGCCGCUCGACAUUAAGAACGGGCGAUCGACGGUCGCUGUUCAGCGCACGCUGUUGCACAUGGUUUACUACACGACCAUCUCGGCCCUGCACCGCCCGCAGUUCCUGCCGUCGUCCCCCAUCCACGCGCCGACGACCUCCCGGCAGGUUCAGGAGAUGUCUCGGCUGAGGGUGCGCGACGCUGCCAUGCACGUCACCCGGAUGGCCGCCGAGCUCCACCAGCUUCGUCUAGAGAGGUACCUCCCCACCACCGGUGUCACGGUCAUCCUGCCGGCAAUGAUCAUCCAUCUUCUGGAAAUGAAGAAUCCCGUGUCGCAGUCGAGAGACCGCGCCACCCGCGGCUUUCGCCAGUGCAUGCGCGUCAUGGAGAAGCUGCGCGAGAUCUACGCCGCCGCUGACUACGCCACGGGCUUUCUGGAUGCGGCCCUGCGCAAGGCCGCCAUCGACAUUAACCUUCAGCAGACUGCUGCGCCCAUGACGCAGCAGAACCUCAAGCUCGCCGAACCGACGUUCGGCGCGCAAACGCCCCCACCUGACAACCUGCCGUACAUGACGACUGGUGAGGCACUAUUCGCCAACAAGCCGAACCCGCAGCGCGAUUUUCUUCCACAGACCAUCAACGCCGCGGCGCUCGACCUGUCAACCACGAGCCCGCCGCCAACGGAGAAGGACCAUGAGUCGGCGCUAGGUGGCAUGACGCCGAGUGCCAGUGGCAGCUCCGAGGAGCCCGGCCCGCUCGACCUCGAGUUUCUGCAGACGCAGGAGGAGAUUGAUUGGAACGCCAUGACGGGAACGGAGUUCGACGUUGACCAGUGGUUGCAAUUCCCGCCUGAAGGGGUCAACAACUCGGAUGAGGGGUUCAUGGCGAACGUGUUCGGCGAGGAGAGCAUGAAUGACGCCAUGAACUGGGCAGCAACCGGUGUUGAUACGAAAGAGGAUGACGGCGCGGCCGAGAUCUCCGCCCUUGCCUGA